AUGUCUUCCUGGAUCUUCACGGCAAGUAUAGCUAGCGUAGAGAUAAACAAGAGUGGGCGACCGCAUCGGAAGGAGGCUACUUCCACCUACGCAAUGACAUCGAUCUACCUUACCGUACUGCCACUUUGCAUCACUGUCUUUCGAAUUACCGUACAGUCACAAUGGACAUCCGGGCAGUACCCGGAUCUACGUGGUCCCACCGUAGGUCAAUGUGCGGCUGUGUUACCCCGUAACAAGCAACAUAUGUACAUUUGUGACCCGGAUCGGAUUUUGAACAAUAGUCAGGCAAUGUCACUAAAUCGACAGCUUCACGAUUUAGCUAUAGGAACGCCAUGCCAUUGUCAGCGUCGAUCACAAUGUACCACAGGAAUGCCUGGGACCGAAACGGAAGGAUUUCAUGGUUUUGUCGUGUCAAUAGCCAUUGUGCAAAACCUUCAGAUGCAAAUACAUUCACCUAGUGAAGCGCAACUAACAGAAAGGGCAGAAGCGUUCUGUCGAGCACUCGAAGGUCGAUGGGCACUUGGCGAUUGUGGCAAUUCUGUGAUCGUGUUCGUCUGGGAACAUUACAAAAAGAUGAUCAUUUGGCCCGCACGAUUGGCUGAAAAAUAUGUGACCGUCGAAGAGCGAAGGCAAAUUCUACAAAAGAUUAACGAUCUAGUACAGACUGAUCAAUGGUAUGCUGCGUUGUCACAAGUGAUAGGUGAACUUCUUCGAGAACUGAAUGGGGAAGAAAGCGGAAAAGUUGAUACUGGAACAUUGUCCUUGCUGGUGGCUGUUGGCCUAGCAGUUUUGCUGACAAUGAUGAUAACAUGUUGCGUAUGUGCGUUCCGAUGCUGUGGCAAUUUACGUGGCGAGGAUCGACCACGUCCGGUUCGUCGAGCUGUUGAACGAGUAGAUAGCUUACGGGAAACCGUACUCAGAAGAGGAUCACAGCUUCGAAGACAUACAUUCCAGAUCCAUCAGUCGCUCACCAAAGUUUCCGAACAACCCGAAUCGAUUUUUCUCCGCCGAUACAACGAUGGUAUGAACGGAUUCGAUGAGAUAUAUUGA